AUGCCCGGGGGAAGAAAGAGGAAAAUGGGGAGCGCGCUCCUGCCCCUGGGGGGGCCGAGCCGGGCGCUGCCGGGGAGUCAGUUAGGGCCCAGGCCAGCGGGGGCCACAGAUAACAGGAAAUGAUCCGGGCCCUGCGGUCGCUCGCUCCAAGGCCCCGACCUUCCAAGUGCGCGUCCUGGAAUGGACGGGACGGCAGCCGCGCAGUCCCGCCUCUCUCCCCUUGCGCACAGAGCAGGAGAAAUGAAAGCGGCUUGCGCUCCGGUCCUGGCGCGGACGGAAAGCCCCUCCGCGCGGCUCUGCGGGGAUGCGAGGCUGCUGGCCGCGACCUUGCUGCUGGCCCUGCUGUCCGGCGGUCUCACGGUGGUGUCCUUCUGCCGGGUGGCCGCGCUGCAGGCGGACCUGGAGGGGCUCCGCGCGCAGCUGCAGAGAGCGCCCCCGGCCGCCCCUCGCAGGGCUCUGGGCGCCGCGGGUCCCCAGGGGGUCUUCGCGCCGGCGUCCCUGGCGGAGAGCAACUCCAGCGGGAGCGUCAGGAGAAAGCGCGCCCUGGAGGGUCCCGAGGAGACAGUCACUCAAGACUGCUUGCAGCUGAUUGCAGACAGCGACACGCCGACCAUACGCAAAGGAUCAUACACAUUUGUACCGUGGCUGCUCAGCUUUAAAAGAGGAAGAGCCUUGGAGGAGAAAGAGAAUAAGAUAGUGGUGAAGGAACCCGGUUACUUCUUCAUCUACGGCCAGGUUUUGUACACUGAUAACACUUUUGCCAUGGGACACCUAAUACAGAGGAAAAAAGUCCACGUCUUUGGGGACGAGCUGAGUCUGGUGACUCUGUUCCGUUGCAUUCAGAAUAUGCCUGAAACACUACCCAAUAAUUCCUGCUACUCAGCCGGCAUCGCGAAACUGGAAGAGGGAGACGAACUCCAACUGGCAAUCCCGAGGGAAAACGCACAGAUCUCUCGUGAUGGCGACGGCACCUUUUUUGGAGCCCUGAAACUGCUGUGACCCAUGAGCUCCCCAUUUGUGUCUCUUGCCCUCUCUUUCCCUGUACCUCUAAAAGGAAACCCUUUCACUGGAAAUGCCAAAGAGGAAAACAGUAGUCACUCACCAUAGGCUUGUCUUGAGCUGUUUGUUUUGGUUUGCAGAAUCUGGUCCAAACAGGAAAUCUAACAGACAACCACAAUCAAAGCAUGUCACGUGAGUUACAAGAAUCAGAGCCCACAUCGAGAGAGAGAGAGAAUUAGAAAGGCUUUUCAUGAGGACGCUGUGUCAAGUGAUGCCAGUGUGUUUCUGCAGCGGGCAGGAACGACAUUUGCAAAAAUGGUAUUCGUCAGCGUACUAGGAAACGUGUGCCCAUGUCUGCAGGACUUUGAGACAUUUGUGAGAAAUCUCAGAACCUGUCUUCCCUUUUUAUGCUGACUAUGCUCCUCUCUUUUCCAGCUAAUACUUUUUAAAAAUCGAAAAUCUGGUACAUUAGGUACAUGCAAAUAAUAAUUACAAAUUUAUGUAUUGGUUAAAAAUUAAUUUUAAAAGUUUAAAUUUAAAUAUACAAGUGGACUCAAAAUAAAACUAUUUAAGUCUUGGGUUUAGUUCAAGUUGGCACUUUUUAUCUCUAAUAUUAUUGCUAGAUAUUUUUCACAGUAAGGAAAGAAUUUCCUCAUUUGUAUGUGCAGUUUUCUAUAGCUUCAGUUGCUUCAGGAAUUUUCAAUGUAGAAUAAUUCCAACUUAUGCACAUGAAUCGGUAAUGAAAAAUAACUAAAAUUGUACUUAUAUAAAAUCACUACUGAAGUUAAUGGGUAUGUUUAUGAUAAAGUAAUAUAAUUUCCUUUUAUUUUUAGUUCUUCUGUUUCAAACAGCUGCUAUUGUAGCUUGUGUAUCCGAGGCAACAAAAGCAGUCAAGUUAUUUGCUUUACAGAAGUUGAAGUUUUGUGGAAGCCUUUCACGUCCCAAAGUGUGGAAAGAGUGUGACCUCCUUUUAAAGAUUGUAAUGUCUUGGAAGACAUCUCCGCAUUUUUGUUUUGUAAACAGUCAUACUUGAGAAUGUUGUAAUACUCAUCUUUUAUAACAUUCUAUCUUGUUUUUAUGUCAUUACAUUUUAAUUUCAUUAAACAAUUGACUUCAUUAGUGUGAACAGUAGAUGAAACAGCAGACCUAAACUGAGAUGCUCUCCCUCCACAUUGAAAGGAUUUUAAAGAUGCUUCUUUCCAUAGAAAGAAAAGCUUUUCAUCUAAACUUUGCAUCUAAUAUCAAACUGUUCAAAUGUCUGGUUUCUGUAAUUUUUGCAUUUUGGAUCAACAAGAAUGUAUUUAGCUAUUGGUUUUGUUUUGUAAUGCAAUUAACAAAGAAGAAGUGAUAGGAGGAGAAGGUGUUUUGAUAUUGGAGGGGUGGCUGGUAAUUUCCUAGAACUGCUGCUAACUGAGGUUGCCAAAGAGAAAGACGAGGUGCCUUGGCCUCACUGUCUCACUGGCUCUGCCCGGCAACACCCAUCUUUUGGUUUCUCUCUGUAUGACUGUCACCCUAAAAACGAGGUGAGAAAUUGUGAGAUAUUGUAAAGUAAUAUGUGUUGGUUUAUGACAAUAAAGUAUUUGAAACCUGAGUGUUUCCUAUAUUUGGAAA